CCAGGCAGGUGCUGUGCCACUGAGCUAAAUCCCCAGCCCCCGGAAGUGUCAUCCUUAUCACAUCUUAUCAAGGACAUAUACUAUUAACCUGACUUGGUGCUGCUGAUGACCCGGCUUGAAGUAAUGUUUGUCAGAUUUCUCCACUGAAAAGUUAGUAUUUUUUUCUGCAUUUCUGUCCUGCACCCUUUGGAAGCAGGCUGCUAUGACUGCACACUGACGGAUCACAGUGAAAGAGACCCAGAAGAUACAAGAUGCCACAACCAAUGAAUAAGGCUCCAGUUCCAAUUCCAUCUUCUGAGAUGACGCUGCUCCCCAGGAUGCCCUUGGUGCUGCUUCUGCUGCUGCCUGUCUUGAGUUCUGCAAAAGCUCAGGUCAAUCCAGCUAUAUGCCGCUAUCCUCUGGGCAUGUCAGGAGGCCACAUUCCGGAUGAGGACAUCACAGCUUCCAGUCAGUGGUCAGAGUCCACAGCUGCCAAAUAUGGAAGGUUGGACUCAGAAGAAGGGGAUGGAGCCUGGUGUCCUGAGAUUCCAGUGGAACCUGAUGACCUGAAGGAGUUUCUGCAGAUUGACUUGCAUACCUUACACUUUAUCACUCUUGUGGGGACUCAGGGGCGCCAUGCGGGGGGUCAUGGCAUUGAGUUUGCACCCAUGUAUAAGAUCAAAUACAGUCGGGAUGGCACUCGCUGGAUUUCUUGGCGGAACCGGCAUGGAAAACAGGUGCUAGACGGAAAUAGUAACCCCUAUGACAUUUUCCUGAAAGACCUGGAGCCUCCCAUUGUAGCCAGAUUUGUUCGCUUCAUUCCGGUCACUGACCACUCCAUGAAUGUGUGCAUGAGGGUGGAACUCUAUGGCUGUGUCUGGCUAGAUGGCUUGGUGUCUUAUAAUGCUCCAGCUGGGCAGCAAUUUGUACUCCCUGGAGGCUCCAUUAUUUAUUUGAAUGAUUCUGUCUAUGAUGGAGCUGUUGGGUACAGCAUGACUGAGGGGCUGGGCCAGCUCACAGAUGGGGUGUCUGGCCUGGAUGAUUUCACCCAGACUCAUGAAUACCACGUGUGGCCAGGCUAUGACUACGUGGGCUGGCGGAAUGAGAGUGCCACCAACGGCUACAUUGAGAUCAUGUUUGAAUUCGAUCGCAUCAGGAAUUUCACUACCAUGAAGGUCCACUGUAACAACAUGUUUGCUAAAGGUGUGAAGAUCUUUAAGGAAGUACAGUGCUACUUCCGCUCGGAAGCCAAUGAAUGGGAACCCAAUGCUGUCUCCUUCCCCCUUGUCCUGGAUGACGUCAACCCCAGCGCUCGUUUUGUCACAGUGCCUCUCCACCACCGCAUGGCCAGUGCCAUCAAAUGCCAAUACCAUUUUGCUGACACCUGGAUGAUGUUCAGUGAGAUCACCUUCCAAUCAGAUGCUGCAAUGUACAACAACUCUGGAGCCCUGCCCACCUCUCCUAUGGCACCAACAACCUAUGGCUUCCCGGAGGAUGCUCGAUGAUGAGAUGACAGUUAGCCUUUCCCUGCCAAGCGAGUCCAGCAUGUUUAAUAAUAACCGCUCCUCAUCACCUAGUGAACAGGAGUCCAACUCAACUUAUGAUCGCAUCUUUCCCCUUCGCCCUGACUACCAGGAGCCGUCCAGAUUGAUACGAAAACUCCCAGAAUUUGCUCCAGGGGAAGAGGAAUCAGGUUGCAGUGGCGUUGUGAAGCCAGUCCAGCCCAGUGGACCUGAGGGGGUUCCCCACUAUGCUGAGGCUGACAUCGUGAACCUCCAGGGAGUGACUGGAGGCAACACCUACUCAGUGCCUGCUGUCACCAUGGACCUGCUCUCGGGAAAAGAUGUGGCUGUGGAAGAGUUCCCCAGGAAACUUUUAACGUUCAAGGAGAAGCUGGGAGAAGGCCAGUUUGGAGAGGUUCAUCUCUGUGAAGUGGAGGGGAUGGAAAAAUUCAAAGACAAAGAUUUUGCCCUAGAUGUCAGUGCCAACCAGCCUGUCCUGGUGGCCGUGAAAAUGCUCCGAGCAGAUGCCAACAAGAAUGCCAGGAAUGAUUUCCUUAAGGAGAUAAAGAUCAUGUCCCGGCUGAAGGACCCAAACAUCAUCCGUCUCUUAGCUGUGUGUAUCACUGAGGACCCUCUCUGCAUGAUCACGGAGUACAUGGAGAAUGGAGAUCUCAAUCAGUUUCUUUCGCGCCAUGAGCCCCCCAGUUCCUGCUCCAGCAAUGUAGCCACUGUCAGUUACACCAACCUGAAGUUUAUGGCUACUCAGAUUGCCUCCGGCAUGAAGUACCUUUCCUCUCUUAAUUUUGUCCACCGAGAUUUGGCCACACGGAACUGCCUAGUGGGUAGGAACUACACCAUCAAGAUAGCUGACUUUGGAAUGAGCAGAAAUCUGUACAGCGGUGACUACUACCGGAUCCAGGGCCGGGCGGUGCUCCCCAUCCGCUGGAUGUCCUGGGAGAGCAUCUUGCUGGGAAAAUUCACCACAGCAAGUGAUGUGUGGGCCUUUGGGGUGACUCUGUGGGAGACUUUCACUUUUUGUCAAGAGCAGCCAUAUUCCCAGCUGUCAGAUGAACAGGUUAUCGAGAAUACUGGAGAGUUCUUCCGAGACCAAGGGAGGCAGACUUACCUCCCUCAACCAGCCAUUUGCCCUGACUCUGUGUAUAAACUGAUGCUCAGCUGCUGGAGAAGAGAUACCAAGCACCGUCCUUCAUUCCAAGAAAUCCAUCUUCUGCUCCUUCAACAAGGCGACGAAUGAUGCUGUCAGUGCCUGCCAAUGUCCUGACGGCCCAGGUCCUCCCCACAAGAUCUACCACUCAUCCACGCCUAUGCCACUCCAUCUGGACAUUUAGUAGACUUGAGGGACAGAGGCUUGUUUGCUUUGCUCUCUCUCUCUCUCUGUCCCUUUCUUCCCUCACUGUACUCCCUUACUCCCUACCACUGACUCAUAUAUACUUUUUUUUUAUAUUAAAGAACUAAAAAGGGAAAAAAAAGCUUAGGAUAAAUAAAAUAUAGUAAAAGAAAGUUUACUUGAUAUAACAAGUGUUAGAUAAUGAAGGCUAGAAAAUUCAGGUAAUUUAUAAAGGUUAAAUAUGCUUAUGUUUAUAAAUGUGCAGAUCUGACAAUAUUUUUUCCAUGUCACCUUUUGUAAAGUAUCUUCAGAAAGGAAAAACUGAAGAAUGCUAAUAUCUUAGGAAACAUGAGGUGAGGCAUAGGGAAAAAACUUGGUAGCCACGGAGAAUCUGAGGACUCAGCAUUCAACAACUAAUCAAAUAUGGUUUUCUGAUUUGGUCUCUGGACAUGUUGUGCCCUGUUUUUCCUUCCCUGUCAAAGUGUAUGGUACUUUCUGGAAGUCUUAGGUUCUUAGAAUGGCUGUUUUCCUCCUUCAUGAAUGGGGAUCAAGGUUGAAGUUUGGAUGUGAAGCAGCAGGGAUGUAGAUAGGAAAAAAUGUCUGUUGCAAGACUGUAAGAAAUGGAACUGUGAUUACAACUCCUGGAUGGAAGAAUUCUUGAAUAGGUAGUAGACAUAGGAAAGGAACUCUAUGGAACGUACGUAACAGGUAUACUCCUCAUUAUUCACUUGUGAGGAUAAUCUUCUUUGUCUGGGUCUGAUAUUUCCAAGUAUGUAUUUUAGUGAAAUCCUGAUAUUUUUAAUCAGCAAAGCCUGAUUGUUUUUGGUUACCUUGAUAGGAGAUCCUCUGGCUCUUCUUGCCCACAUCUAUCACUUUUAAUAGAUGAAACCUUUGUGGGAUAUAUGCACCAGGGGCUGAACUUCUCAGGCAUAAAUACCUAAGGGCCAUGUAUAGCAGGAAGUAGGACACUACUCUGAGUGUCCCCAAAAGGUUGAUCUAGGACCAAUAAGGGAAGCCACAGGGAGACUUCUUAGGGAAGACAUAGCUAGAGUCUGAAUAUACAAGGAUGAAUGGGAUUGGCCCCAAAUACGGGCAGUCCAUUGUCACUGAUGAGUGUCAGAUAUAGGCUGAAAAAUUAUGCAAAAGAUGGAGAUUUUCAAACACAAGAUAGAUGGCUGUAAGAGAAAAUAUAUAACGUCCUUCUAACUCCAAAAUCCCUUAAUUCCAGUGAGGCACACCAUGAGCAUCCACUGCUAGCUAGGCUUAGUGUACAUGCUCUUGCUUAUGAGAUGAUGUGACCAGCAGAAAAUCAUGAGGCUUUGUUCUCAGAAUUUAUGGGAAUGAAUGCAGUGAUGAGUAGAAGUCUCCUUAGAGCAGACUGUGAGCUUUAAUCCUGCGCAAAUCCACAAAUUCAGUGGAAAGCUGGAAAAGGGGCCCCUUAAUUUCCAUUGAGGAAAAACCAGGAAAAAUCACAGAUAAGCUUCCCGAAGAAAUUGUCUUGCCUCCUCCGGUCUGCUCCUGUUGCUUGCCCAUUCUACCUUCUCCACAGUCUUGAGAAUUUGAGCACCUCCCCACUCAGCCUUCAAUAUGUCUAUUGCUCCACACCCUUAGCAUAAAUCUAAGUCCCCCAGACACAUUUUGCAUGUCAUGUACUGACUGUAGCAAACAUACUUCCUCCAUGGAUGCCCUGUGACUCUGCACUUUAUCCCAGGAUUAACUUUGGAGAAAUCACUGGUUUGAGAGGCAAGAGAGCACUGGUUUGGGAACUUUGAUCCUCUUUCUGCAUUAAGGCACGUGUACUAUCUUGGGCGAGUCACUUUAUUUCUCUGAAGUUUGUUUCCUUAUCUGUUUAAAGAAAUUAGGUGGUCUUACAGUUUCUUCCAGUUCUGAUAUGUUCACUGUUUGCUGGAAAACUCAUCCAGAUUUAGCAAUCUUGUUAUCUCCUGCUUUGAAAAUUGGGGUCAGUAAAAAAGGUCAUGGGAAAUACAAUGGUACUAAUAGUGACCCUUUCAUUUGUAUAUUGCUUUAUAGUUACCAGGUGUCUCCACAUACAUUAUUUCAUUUACUAUACUAAGAGUCAAACAUGUUCUCUUAGAAACCCGCCACACUCAUUUCAAAGUGUUAGCUUCCUUAGAAUUAGAAGGACUUGAUGUCAAGACCUGUGGGCUGUUCUCUUUAUCCUUUCUGCCUCAGGAGGGGUCACAUCCAGAUCAUGACACAACUUCUUAUGCAGCAAAAGAAAGCAAUCCCAUUUUGCCUUCCUUUGACUAACAUCUCUCCAAUUUUUACAUUUUAGGCUUCUGUUCCAAAUCACUGUAUUCAGUGAAUUCAUAUUUUCAAAUUGUUUGAAUUGAAAUUAGAAUAUCUGUAUUUCCCUGACUUUGAGUCACGGAGAUAAUUUGUUUUAGGUGGCUGGUCACAUGCAAAUAUCCCUUUUUGUGUAAUAAGGCUUUGUCUUAUGCCAUUGAGACCUUUGAAUUAUAAACACAGGCUUAACUUCUAACCCAGUCAUACUCACAGAGUUCAGCAACACAACUUCGAGUGACUCAACAGAGUAAAUGGUAGUCUCUGUAUGUAGAAUUAAAAAGUGGCUCAAACUGAAAUUAAAGGGAUGGGACUAGGAUUUGUUUGGAAAAGAAGAUAGGUAAAUUGAUGAGAAACUGUGGGGCUUUGCUAUCUUUGCAGUGAAUUAUCCUCUUCAUGGUAUAUACAAAUCAUUUUAUGUCAUAGGUGUUUUAGGAUGGUAAGAUCCAAAUUUGUACUUCUGCUGGUCAAUGUGUUGAUAGCUGGAUCCAAAUGUUGACACAUAUGCCUCUUGUGUGAUCAGGCAUGAAAAACAGUGCCCAAAGGGAGCUUGUGGUUUUAAAGCUGUGAAAAAAAAAAUCACUCAAGGGUGGUCAAGGGUAUGUAACAGAGUGCUGUGCAAGUGGGGGAAUAAAACAAAGUGGAUAUGUGAAUGUGCGUAUGUGCAGACAGGGAGGCUGGAGAAGGCAAGGAAAGAGGCUCCCUGAGGAGAGGCAGUGAAAAUGCUUGGGAAGUGAAAAUGUGGGGAAGAUGUGUGCAGCUCAAGCAAGGUGGAAACCAGCGAUCUGGAGCUGAUGGACUCCAUGAUGCAGCAUAAAAGCAAGUCUCUCUGAAGAGAGAUCUGACAGAAGCUAGAAAAAGUAAGUGACUUGAAGAUAAAGGAAAACAUGCAUGGUGAAAGAAGAAAUUCAGGGUGAUAUUGUAAAAAAUACUUAUUUACAAAUGAAAAGUUAGGUGCAGUAUAUGAAAGGGAAGGUUUUUUGAGUUUUAAGAAAGGGAACAUCCUUCAUGGAUAUAAAACCACGUAAUAACACAAGAGUGACCAUUUCAGAGGAAGUGGGUGAGAAAGGUCAUUUGUGUUCUAGACUCACAAAAGUAUGGAUGAGAAGAAAUCAAUUUUUGGCCUGAACUGGAUUGGCUUCCCAAGUAUUGAGAUGGAUAUGGAGACCUAGAAGCGGGGAGUUUAAGGUGGUUUCUGAGUCUUUGUGUUCUCUUCUCUUGCUUUUGUUCCUGAAAGCCAUUUUCAAAAAUGAGCACAGGUAGACAUGGAAACAAUAAAUUAGACAGGACUAAGUCUUGUGUGAUAUCUGCACAAAAGGUAUGAACCCUAUGUAAAACAUGUGCUUUUCAGUCCCAUCCAGACUUCCCACAAAAAAGCCAUGGUGCGGGUGGGGCACGUGUUUUGAGUAAAGGAGAACAGAAGGAAGAAGUGUCGGAAUGAGGGGAAGGAAAGAUGUUCCAAGGAAAUACACUAAAACAAAACAGCAUGUUCUGCCCCAAACUACAAAAAUGAAGAGAAUUACAAUAAAUAGCUAUGAAGUCUUUGAUCCACAGUUGAAUUCACAGACAUGGAAUUUGGCAGCUUAGUCUUUUCCAAGAGAACUCUCUAUCCUCUAGCAGUGCAGGGCAUGUCCCUAAUGUUCCUGGACCAUGUCAAUCUCGAUCCACUCUGGGAAAUAUUUCUGAAUUGAAAUUUCCCAUUUUUAAAACAGACAGAUGAAUGUGUGCCACAUGGUAACUUUUUUGGAGUGCUGAGUUAGAAAGGAAAAAGACUGGAGUGGUUAAUGGGGAUUCAAUUUCUGGCAUUUUGAGUUCCCUCCUCCAAUUAGCUGCAGUGUUAGGUGGCAGAAGAAUGGUAUUUAUUUAGUUGCUAUAUCUUUUUUAGAAAUAUGUUAUCUUGAAAUAAUUUAAGACACACAGGAAGUUAAAAAAAUUAGAGCAGCCUUACUCUAGAUUUAGUUUUUCCUUGUUGAUAAUAUUUUACAUUCCACUUUAAACUAUGGAAACAAUAGUUCAUUUUGAGCUGUUUUCAAAACCAGAAAAUUUAAAUUAGUGUACUACUACCUAAACUACAGACUUUAUCUGCACAUCACCAGAUUUUCCACAUGUGUUCAUUUUGUUGCUGAAUAUAUUUUUUUCUGAUUUGUAACUAGGGCUUGCUUGGAUGGAACAUGAAAGAUAAGAUUGGAAUUAACCUGUUCAUUUAUUAAUCAGCAAUAUCAAGCCUAACCUGGCUCUAAGUUUCAAGGUUUGUUUGUUUGGAUUUGAAACAAUACAAGAAUAACACAGAAGGGUUAGAUAAUACAAAUCAGUAAGUCCACAGCUUGUUUAGUAGAGAGUCAGGUACAGAAGCAAAUUCUAGGUAGUUCCUGUUGAGAGAGUUUCCCUGGUGAUGAGGUGAGCUCUACAGUGAACCAAUAUUUUGACCAAGAGUUGGGUGGCACUUAUUUAAUGGCAGCAGAUAUAGCUGGUGAAAGGAACAGAUUACAAUGAUAUAGAUCCCUGAUAUAUGGUAAAACAUUUUUUUCAGAAUACAGAGAAGUUUCAUUUGUUUAAAUAUCUACUCUGAAUUGGAAUAGCAACCACAUUGGACAAAAUUAAAUGCAAACACAGCCCCAACUUGGGGAGACGUUAAAACUCUGGUUGUGUGGAUUAUGGCUUUGAGCUUUGCGACCAAUUUUUAAGUUCCCUAUUCAAGAUUAUGAUAGUGUGUCUUGCAAAGUUCUGAGCACAUUUGUGAACACUUGCUGAAUAUUUUGUGACUGUUGUUCUUGAAUGAAAAAAGAUUGAAGUGAAAACUUGUUAUCUAGCAAGGGUGAACCUAGGAAAAAUUGCUUUGCUUUAACUUAAAUGGCUUAUUUUGAAAUACGAAAACAAUGCCCAGAUUUGUAUCAAGUGCAGUGUAUCCUACAUUUGUAUACUUGGUGAUGAUAAACUUAAUCAGUGGGCAUAGUUUAUUCUUUGUAGUAUUUAGACAGCACUGCAAGGUAUUUUAAUAGGACACCAGAUCAAAACCAGGGACCUUACUCUGGCUUCAAACCCAGCAGAUUUGAAGCAAGCCUUGUAGUUUUUCCUGUGGAUACCUUGUCUACAACUUUACAGGCCUUUGUAGGAAAAGGGAUCUGACUCCCAAGGUAGCCCAUACUCAUGAACAAUCAUAACUGUAUGUCCAGGAAGAAUCUGAAAAAAGACACACACACACACACACACACACACACACACACACACACACACCCCUUUCAGUGCAAAACUAUUUUCCUAAAGAGAGGCUUUGAAAUAACUGGAAGUUGCGAGGAUUCCUGCAAACACAGAAAGUUUCUAAUCUAGCCUAUCUUAAUAGUUAUUUACUAUUGAUGCUGUUUUAGUCAUCUCCCAUUUCCUGAUGGGGACUCUUUCUGAGGAUUGAGUGUCUGCAGCUGUGUGGUAUGUUCUAUGAUGAGGAAACAUCUGGGCUUUAUUCUGCAGGCUUUGGAGGAGCAUGUGUCUUGUAGAGGGGUAAACAGCAAAUGGGUUUAAUUUGUGCUUCAAACUAUCAUAGACAUUCCACGAUAGAAUAUGUAAAAUUUUUCUGUAUUAGAAAAAGAAGCGUGAUACCAAUUGUAUAUUUUCUUCUCUUUAUUUAUUCUCUGUAAGUCUGUCAGAUGAUAAAUUGUAAAUAACAAUGAUUAAAGAGUCAUGCUACUGAUGGA